ACAAUGAAAAUGAUCAACAGUUUAAAAAGUAUGAAAGCCAAAGCUUAAGCACAUAGAUAGACCCACAAAGUGGGAUUACAAUUGUGGCGAAAAAGCCGUUUUAGACGGGUGCUUUCCCAAUGAAGUGGACCACUCACUUAAAAAGAUAAUAAUUUCAUUUUCUGCAGACUUUUGAAACCAUUUGAACAUGUGACCACAAAACUCUGUCCAAAAACCACAAAAACCCAAAAUACCAAAAAAAAAAACUUUCUUUUUCACUCAUCUUUUUUUUAUGCUAAUGUGAUUUCUCUCUCACUACUCACUACUCAUCUAGACUCCUCCAUAGCUAAGCCUAAGCUGCACCUACUACAUUAGCUUCCACGCGCUUUUAAUAUCACUGCCACAGUGGCAAAUCCACCUUCUUCACUCUCAUGGCCACCACCACAACAACCAUCAUCAUCUUCAACACCUUUCGCCGCCGUCUCAAUCGCACCUGAUCAUCACUCAUCUUCCUCCUCCGUCGCCGCCGUCGGAAUCAGUACUCCAGACUACAUGCUAGGUCUUCGAAACAUCAUUCUCUUACCUCCACCACCGCCACAGAUAGCACGGCCGUCUCCGUCGCCGGUUAUUUUCGCGGCGGUGGAAGAAAACAUAACAGAGAAAGUAUGCAGAGACUGUGGAAACAGAGCAAAGAAAGAGUGUUUGUUCGAAAGGUGUAGGACUUGUUGUAAAAGCAGAGGAUACAACUGCGCCACUCACGUGAAGAGCACGUGGGUUCCUUCCUCUGCAAGUACUCGCUCUUCAUCUUCGUCUUCUGAAAGGAAGAAGAAGCUCAAACUCGACAAACAGAGUUCCCCUAAUGUCUCGAUCCUUCAGACUACUACUACUUCUCGUCAAGAGAGAAGCUUCAAAGAGGGAUUACCGGGAAAAAUCGAAGCUCCGGCGGUAUUCAGACGGACGAGAGUAACAGCGAUAAGCAACACCGAGCAAGCAGAGAUUGGUUAUCAAGCGACAGUAACUAUAAGUGGUCAUGUCUUUAAAGGCUUUCUUCAUUACUAUGGUGUUGAUCAUAACAAAGCUUUUCCAUGUCUUUCUCAAAAAUAAUGAAACUACUUACUUUCAUAGGAUUCUGUAUAGAGAGUUACUCUGUUUUGUAUUCAACAUUAAGGGACAAAACAUUAAUGGGCCAUUACAAUCUUAAAGCU